UCUGUGUCGUCACGGCAAUCUGGUCCUGACCAAAGAACAGGGUGCUUCCAAGGCUACGAGAGUGUCCGUCAUUCUCCUACGUCAUUGGAGGACUUGUGCAGUGUGACCACAACCGUGUUUGCCCUGCUUCUGAGCAUGCUUCCUGUAGGUUCAGAACGAUCGGUGGACACAUCAAUGGCAAACAAGCUCCUCUUGUUUCUGAUGAAAAUGAAACUAGGGAUGAGCUACUCAUCACUUGCAGUGUUGUUUUGUAUACACCGCACCACAGCAUCACGGCAUUUUCGUACUGUGCUUGCAUCACUGUCUGCUGCAACUGAAAAGUGGAUUUUUCGCCCACCAUCUUCAAUCAUCCUGUCCAUGCUGCCCCAGUGCUUUAAGGCACACUACCCAGAAUGCAAAAUGAUCAUUGAUUGUACCGAAGUUCGCACAGAGGAGCCGGGCUCUGUGGCUCAACACCGUGCCUUGUAUUCUGCAUACAAAUCAGGGUACACUCUGAAGUUUCUGGUCGCAGUGACUCCAAAUGGGAUGAUUUGUUUUCAUUCCAAGGCCUAUGGCGGACGCUGUUCCGACCUCCAUAUUACUGUAGAUUCCCAGUUUUUGAACUUGGUUGAGCCAGGUGACGUGAUAUUAGCAGACAAGGGCUUUCCGGGUAUUAAGGCUAGCGUAGAGGGCAGUAAUGCUGUGCUUGUCAUGCCUCCUUUUUUUUCAGGGGCUGGGCAGUUUAGUUGCCAAGAGGUAGAGGAGACGUACAACAUUGCUCAAGUCCGUAUUCAUGUGGAGCGAAUGAUUCAACGAAUCAAAGUGUACAACAUUCUGAACACUCGGGUACCAAUUUCCCUCAUACCAGUAAUGAGCGAUGUUUUUCAUAUGUGCUGCAUUCUGGCGAACUUGCAACCUGCCAUAAUUGCAUCACAGCCAUGAGCCCGAGACUAAGUGUGAAAUCAGGUUGUUUCAAACCUAUCGCCGGCUACAGUCUAAGCUCAUUAUAAUAGACCUGGUUACGACAGACACUUGGAUAUAACAUAACAUACAGAUUUGUAGAGUUUGGUUGGUUUUCCUCUAUGCGGCCAUUGACUCAACUUCAUAUCUGCAUACAACAUACUCCUUUUACAACAGACCGAAAUCUUGGUCGAAACCAAGGUCUGUAAUAACGAGCUUAGACUGUAUACACCUUUUCCAAAAAGGCGCAGCCGUCUUGAAUGGCGUCACUUCUGGUAUGCGGUGAAACAUUGUUUUGAUCUCUCCGCACCGCUGGAAGUUGUUUACAAAAAAUGCAUGAUUGUUACUCCUUGUUUUGCCUCACCUAUAUUUUCUCGCAUAUUCCAGCUUGAAAUGUGCCAUUUUUUCGUUCCACCAAGCAGAUAUGGAACCCACGUAACCACAAGAAACGGAAAACAUCUAUAGGCCAGGAAUUGAAUGCACUAACAAACUACAUCUGAUAUUUUGUUUCGAGUCAUUGAAAUAGACCUGGUAGUUGCCACCAAAAUUUGUUUAUUUGUAUUUGUUUUUGCAAUACUAAGAAU